CGGCCUGUCUCUUUCCCUUCCUUCAUCCCCCCCACCCCCAUCUCUCCCUCCCCAGCCCCCCUUAGCUCGGCGGAUCGGGGGCAAGGCCUGGGAGCGGUGCUGGGGGUGGCCUCGGACGCAGAGACGGGGCGGGCAAAGCUGGACUCGGACCCGAUGGCUCGUCCCAGGCCCCGUGAAUACAAAGCCGGGGAUCUGGUCUUCGCCAAAAUGAAAGGCUACCCGCACUGGCCGGCCCGGAUUGAUGAACUCCCCGAGGGAGCUGUGAAGCCUCCAGCAAAUAAAUAUCCCAUCUUCUUUUUUGGGACUCAUGAAACGGCGUUUCUGGGGCCUAAAGACCUCUUCCCUUACAAAGAAUACAAAGACAAGUUUGGAAAAUCAAACAAGCGAAAAGGGUUUAAUGAAGGCCUGUGGGAAAUCGAAAACAACCCGGGUGUCAAGUUUAGUGGAUACCAGGCUAUUCAGCAACAGAGCUCCUCAGAAACCGAAGGCGAAGGAGGGAACACGGCAGAUGCUAGCAGCGAGGAAGAAGGGGAUCGGGUAGAAGAAGAUGGAAAAGGCAAAAGGAAGAACGAAAAAGCGGGCUCAAAACGGAAAAAAUCUUACACUUCAAAGAAAUCUUCCAAGCAAUCAAGGAAAUCUCCCGAAGACGAAGAUGAUAAGGAUUGCAAAGAGGAAGAAAAUAAGAGUAGCUCUGAUGCCGGUGAAGCAGGCAACGACACACGAAACACUUCUUCAGACUUGCAGAAAACUAGUGAAGGGGUGCCGUCAGAAGGAAAGGGGAAAAACAAGCCUGGAUUUCAGUCAGACAAGCCAUAGUUCGUUUGCUGUCCACGAUAUGGGUUCUGGCUUGUUCCUAAAUGUCUGUCGAGAUUCUCAAGUCAUCCAGAUCAUGGUUCUCCCGAAGGGGCUUUUUCAAGAGGCAACUGGACUUCCUUUGUUUUUCCUCGAAGACAUUUCGUUGAUCCUCCAAGAAGCUUCUUCAGUUCUAAUGUUAUAAAAAUUGAAUGGCCCUCUCUCAACAGAGGGGGGGGGAGGGAUAUGACUCCACCCUCUCCUGUUUACACAACGCAAUCCUUUCAACAGUUCCAGGACGGUUUCCACACCCAUUUGCACUCUUCAGGUGACCCUGAGGGCACAAAUAAACCUCCAAGUGGCCUCACACGGAUUCUCAGAGAGAGUACUAACGACCAGAUGACUGUAAUGAAUACAAAUCCUUCCAUUCCCCUUCUGUUCAGUCAGAACUGAAGAAAGCUUCUUGGAUGAGAAGCAAAACAUUCUUCAAGGAAGAACAAAGAAAGUCCAGUUAUCCCUUGGGGGGGGGGGGAGAAACACCUUUGGGACGAGUUCAGUUUUCUUUUGUAUGAAAUGCCUUCCAGCAUUGAUGGACUCAUUUCAGUCUGAAAAGGUGAUCCCUGUUUGUCUUCUUCUCUCUCCUUAGACUUAACCAACAUAUUGACUGCUGCAUAUUAAGGGGAAGACACAAGAAAGUGACAUGUUUGGUUGUUUAAUAUUCUUGGAUUUGAUUGAAGUCAGCACAUCUCUCCAUCAGCAGCAUAUAUGUUUGUAUGCACAUUUAGCCACAUUCCUACCCAUUCUGUUCUCAGCAGCAACUUUCAACAUCAUCCCCCUGCCCCAACCAGGUCCUUUUCUAAAUGUCCUUUGAUUUAACUGCACAAAAAGGCUCUUUUUCAAACAAGACCCACAACUGACAACGGCCAUUUUUAGAUAACUACUACUUCUUUUUUUAUUUACAGAAAAAGAAGGGCAACAUCUCUAAAUUUUAAACCGAAAUCUUUUAAAAACGGCCUUUUAGAGAGUACAAAUUAAACGCUUAGAAAUAAAUGCCCUCUUCCUAACAAGUCAUAAGGAUCUCUAUUCUGCUUAACAAAUCAUGAAGUUUUAAAUUAACCCUUUAUCCAUUUUUUGUUCUGCAUUUUUUUUUUAAAAAAAGGGGGUUUAAAAACAAACAUGGCCAACUAGCAACUUAGGAUCACUGGUUUGUCUUGAGUAAUUUUCUCCUGGCUGACAUCCGGCUGUGUUUUUUAGCAGAUUUGCUUGCAUUUUCAUUUUUUAGGGGAAAGGGGAGGGAAAAAAAACACCCCCGUAUUUUCAGCUUGUAAGAAGAAAAGAUCCGCCAUCUCUCCUUGGAUUUUGUAUGCAUUAUGUAAAUGUACAUAUUUUGUAUGUAAAGCAAUGUGAAACUUCAAAUUCUGAACCCCCGAAUCAAGAUUCCAUCACAUUUCUAGAUCAUUGAAUUCACCGUGGCAAAAAAAUAAUAAUAAUAUUCCUGCGGUCCUACUUUUUAACUUCUGUCUGGAAAUUCAAUCAUUUCCCAUCCCACCCUGAGUACAGAAGUUGGCCAUCUCUGUUUUUAAAACCUCACAAAAUGUACUUGAUUUAUUAUCAUUAUAUAAAAAGAAAAAGUCAAUAAUUGUAAGAAAGUACCUUUCCUUAUUAGAACGCUCUAGCUUAGCUAUACCCUUAAUCCUUUUCAAGAUCAUGACGUAACGUAAAUUUCUCUAACUUAGUUCCUAUAUGUGGAGUUAGUAAAAAGUCUUUUGUGUUUCUCUAGAUGAAUAACAAGGAACUUUUUUUCGAGCCCCAAUACAAAUCGGAGCUUACUGUGUUUUGGGGACACCUUCCAUUUUUAAGCUUAAUUGUGAUACUGAAAGGCCAAUGGGAAACAAAGCCAAAACAUCCGAUUAAAAUAUAAGAAUAAUAGUUAUACUGAAAAGCUUAAAAAAAACACACACACACACAAAAAGGGGGAAAAUAAACCCUGUCAUUUUUCAGUUUUUUUUUUUCUUUUUGUUUUCUACUCUCAAAACUAGAUCUAGACUAGUAGGUAAGCAUUCCAGAUUCCAUUAUUCUGUGUACAUUAUUGUUGCUAUUGUGAGAAUAGAGAAUUUUAUUUAUUUUUUAAGGCCAGCUUUUAUUGUGAAGAUCAUAUGGGUUUAGUCCGGUUUUAUCAACCCUUGUUAUGCUUGUCCUUGAACCAUCUUUCUGCGUACUCGAGGUUUGUAGUUGAAAAGUUUACUGUACAAAAAAAAAAAAAGGAAAAAAAAUCAAAAAAACAAAAAAACUAUUGUUUUUACAGAAUAAAUUUAUUGGAAUGUGUAUCCGGGAGUAAGGGUUUGAGGUUGUAAGCAGCUGAGUUAGCGUCAUAUUUGGCUUCAUAACGUGUAAUGUGAGGUAUUCAUGUAACUCGAGUAUUAAAGCAACGCAUUCUGUUAACACUUGAGUUGGUUA